GUUGAUGGGCAGCAUCCUCUAUAUCAUUCUAGUUACUACUGUAUGUAUUAGUGGGAACCAUGCUAAACUGAAACAAUUAUUUGACCCAGCAAAAAAGCCCAAAGGGCCUGUGCGUCGUUGUUCUUUCUUUUUCUCUCUUCACCAACAAUAUAUUUUUCUGAACAAAAAUGAGUGGAUCAGACAUUCGCGAUAUAUUACAAAUUGGAAAACCUUCGGCUGAAGCAACUAAUCUACGUCGAUUAAACAAGCCAGCCGAACGACGUCCGGAUGGCAUCAGUCGUGAAUUAUAUUCCUUGAUUGGGGGUGCACCACCCGUCGCUAUCGUCAGACCCACAUAUAAAGCCAAAUUCAACGUCAAAAAAAAAGCAACACCAUGGAUCACGGAACGGUUUACCAAUAAUGCGAGAUCGGACGAUUUAGCACUGGAACAUUGGAUCAAAGUAACCAACGCCAACAAGACAGAAUACCCCUUUGCACACAUUCGAAAAAGUAAUGCUGUGCUCGAAUAUACCGACGAGGAGUAUGCAGAGUGUCUUGCAGAAUUGGACAACGGUUGGACAAAAGAGGAAACAGAUUAUUUACUGGCCCUGUGCCGGCAGUACGACCUUCGGUUUAUUGUCAUUGCCGAUCGUUACGGAUAUGGAAACACCAGUCGAUCCGUUGAGGACUUGAAAGAUCGAUAUUACGGCAUCUAUCGAGCCUUGUUGAAACAUCGAGGAGCACCGAACAAUGCUGCAUUGGCACAGCAGUAUACCUUUGACAAGACACGGGAGCUUGAACGCAAAGAGGCACUAGAAGUCUUGUACAGUCGCACACGGGAACAAAUGUUAGAAGAAGAGGCACUGCUCGUGGAGGUCAAGCGGAUAGAGAGUGAAGACGCACGGCUUGCUCGUGAAAGGGAGAGUGUUAUGCAUGUCCAGCCCAUCCCGUUAAGGGCCAACGGUGGUGGUACAAGUAAUAAUAGCAGCCAUGCGCCGGAAUCCAAACGACGAAGACGAUUGACGGCUGACGACAAGAAAGUGGCAGCGGUUCGGCCAGCUACGGAAGAUGCGGCGGCGUCGUCGUCGUCGUCGUCGCUCAAGGAAAAACUCAUAUCCGGCGUCCAUGUGCAGAGCCAACGACUCCCUGUGGUCAAGCCAAGUAUGCAUGCAAAGAUAUUGAAGGUGAUGGACGAAGUGACCGCUGGCCCGCGACCCGUGAUGCCGACUGCAGCGGUGUGCCACGACUUCGAACAGCUCCAAACCUCGAUUGCACAAAUGUUUGAGCUGAAAAAAGUAGUCGACAAAAUGGAAAUUGAACACAAGAUCAAGCAAAAGAUUCGAAGAAGCAGUAGUAGUAGUAGUGGUAGUAGCAAUAAUACAAGCAGUGCCAGUUGCGGUAGUAGUAGGAGUAAUGACAAUUCUACUAAGCGGCGAAAAGAAGCGGUGGAGUUGCAAAAAAUCAAUAAAACAAGGCAAUGAGCAAAAAACAAGGUUUUUUGGAUUUCUUUUCCCUCUUAACUAACACCAUAUUCCACCCCUCUCCAAAUACCCCACUCUCUUCCAUUUUUUUGCCCAACUCGUCAAAGAGUAUUUACGUAGGAUAUACUUCUUGGAGUUA